AUGGGAGGCAAGAAGUCCGCCAAGGCGAGCGCUAGCCGCCAUGCAGAGGAAGCUUGCCCGGAGCCCUUCCGGCAGCAGUUGAAGGACAAAAAGUUCCGUGGAUUCCUGUGCGGCGUGGAAGCGUCGAGCCUCGAUGCCUGCGCGCUGGCCAUCAUCCCGGACAACGAGAAGGACAAGCCCGCCAAGCUGCUGUUGAGCGCCUACCUGGGGUGCCGGGAGGAGCAUGUGAGGUGCCGUCAUUUGGAUGAGUUCCACUUCUACUUCGUGGACAACUCCAAGCUACAGAGCCCUGUGCCCAACAAGCUGGCGUGCCAGAUCGCCUUCGCUUCCGGGGAUAAGUUCUUUGCUUUGGGCAAGCUGGCCGUGGUCACCGCGAAGGAGCGGUCGGAGAAGCUGCCCCGUAUGGGCCUGGCUGCUUUCGAGGAGCUGGAGCGGAAGCUGGAAAAGCUGGACGCAACAGGCUUCGACGCCUGGUUUGCAGAGCAGUGCCAGAAGCUGGAUGCCCGCAACGACACCGGCAGCUUCGUUUACGUGCCGAUGUGGCGAGAGCCCGGGCGCGCGCAGGAGCUUGAUGCACAGUGCGAGGGCUGGGCGGAGAUCUCGCGCCGAUGCCAGGAGCUCUUUGAGGAUUGGGGAGCCAAGAAGAAGGACCUCACGGAGCCCGAGAGCGAGGACGAGGAGGAGCACGAGGAGGACAGCCUGGGCGACGAGAUCUUCGAUGCGUUCACGCUUCAGGAGCAGCGUGAGCGCGAGCGGAAUGUGGAUGUGAAGACUGGGGCAUCCGGGGCGAAGAUGUGGACGGCCUUCAAGGCCCGCGGUUUGUCGCUGGUGUACAUCCGAGGAUCCGAUGCCAUAAACUUUGUCCUCGUGGAGCGCAGCUCGCAAACCAACAAGCAACAGCGAGGGGGUAUCAACGUGGCCGUGGCGCGCUACAUCUACCACAAGUUUGGUGCCAGCGCCCUGGAGAGCUUACUCACCAAGAUCCGUGGCGACGUCAUCAUCUUCAAGGCGAAGCAGUACCACUCGGAGGGGUCCUGCAAGGUCGCCCCGCUGCCUGCGGACGAGAGCUUGGGGUACCUCCGCGAGAUCGAGCAGCCGCUGCCUGGUGCGGACGAAGGGGAGCUCCAAUUCCUGCUGGACCGGACGGACCUGGGAACCAUCAUGCAGCGCUGUGUCUUCUUCCCGAAGUCUCCGGGCGCCAGCUUCUUGGAGCGUAUCGCGGAGCUGGAGAAGAAGGCGCAGCCGGAAGACUGGCGCAACCGGCUCAGGAACAACGACGCACCCGAGUACUUGGUGAACUACAUCAACUACAAGUUCGCCCUCUCCUGGAAGCACCGCCAGGGGAUCUCCAUCGAGAUGCCCCCGAACAACAGUGCCAAGCUUCGUCUGAUCUUCGCCACGGGGCUUCUGGACUUGAACCUCCAGCCCAUCUACGGCGUCUUUGAGAGGAGGAAGGACGAGGAUGUGGACGACGCCUUUGAGAUCCCGGACUUCAAGUCCAGGUAUGUCUUUCAGAAGUGGGACACGCAUUUGCCGAAUGCGCCUGAGGCCCUGGACUUGCUGAGCACUGCGUUGCUGAACAAGGGCUGCGAGAAUGCGGGCCUGAGGCCUGAGGAGCUGAGGAUGUUCGACCCGUCCUGGGACAAAGUGGACGUGUCGCCGGGCAGCAUCGAGCACAUCCUCCGGAAAAAGUUCCGGUUCCAGCAGGACAACGACUUCCAAGGAGUGCAACCGGGUCAGGGUGGUUGGGCUGUAGACGACCCCAGCAACCUCGCCACCCAGUUCAAGCAUGCGCUGAACCAGACCAUGACGCUGACACGAUAUGACCGUUCCACGCCCGUAAUCACCUGCUUCCAGCUUGGCCAGUACCAGUGGCUGCUGCCCCUCCUAAAUCCCAGCCAGGUGUGCAAGCAGGCCCCGAGCCUCACCGUGGUGCUGCGACCCGCCGCAGGGACGGGGAGCAUUUCUGCAUGA